AUGUCGACUCACACGCAACACCAAUCGUUGACGGCUCGGGGCCAGCACCUUGUCGCACGCAGUUUCAGUCAACGAUCGAAAGCGGCGGCCAUCUUCGUCACCAUCACAGGCAUUGCCGUUGUCAUCUACGCCAUCUGUGUCGUUAUGAACUACAGGCGAUGGAAUCGCGAACAGCGCGAGAGGCGGGAGCACCAGUACCUGAUGCGAUUCGGCGAAGCGCCCCCUCCCCCGCCUCGCAAGGCGUCCCUUGCUUCCAGAUUAUUGUGCUGGAAACUUCAGAGGCCUGAGACUCGGCAGGACGUCCUGCCACUGCAUAAUGUAGGCACGAUGGCUAUGACUGCAGUCCCUGCACCCGUUGCUGUUAAUAACGGCCGGCAUCGCUGCGAGGAGUGUAGGGACAACAUCGUUGUGUCUGACCUUCCGGCCUACGAGCCUAAGCGAACUGGAAAUGUGGAGUGA